ACAGGAUCUUACAAUGGCAGUGACGCGAGCGUGCUUGAUCGCGCUCGUCGUGGCUCUCGCAGUUGUGGCGGCAGCGGGGGGCGCUGCCGGGACGUCGGAGCAGCGGCGGCGGCAGGUGCGAAGCCUCCUCAAGAGGCUCAACAAGGAUCCUCUCGCAAGCAUUGAGAGUGCAGAUGGAGAUAUCAUAGACUGUGUGCCCAUCUCCAAACAGCCUGCAUUCGAUCAUCCACUCCUCAAGAACCAUACUAUCCAGAUGCGGCCUUCUUACCACCCAGAAGGCCUGAGCGAUGAUUCCAACAUCGCACCACAUUCAAUCACCCAAACAUGGCAUCAGAAUGGCAAAUGCUGCCCUCCAAACACAAUACCAAUCCGAAGGACCAAGGAGGAGGAUGUCCUGAGGGCUAGCUCUAUCAAGAGGUAUGGGAAGAAGAGGCCAAGGAGCAUACCGAACUUCUUUUCCGUUAUUGAUGACCCUAACAAGCUCAAUGUGACGAUUGGCCACCAGCACGCCAUAGCGUAUACACCGAAGGCUAGGUACUAUGGAACCAAAACCAGCAUCAAUCUGUGGGAACCAACUAUUGGGAGGGCCAAAGAUUUCAGCUUGGCCCAGCUCUGGAUCUCUGGGGGUUCCUAUAGCGGCAACGACCUCAAUACAAUUGAAGCAGGAUGGCAGGUUUACCCUGAGUUGUACGGGGAUAGAUCUACAAGACUCUUCAUAUACUGGACUCGUGAUGCAUAUCGAAGAACAGGUUGCUAUAACCUACAGUGCUCAGGGUUCAUCCAAACAAACAAUCAGAUCGCCAUCGGUGGUAGCUUCUCCCCUGUAUCCAGAUACGGUGGCUCACAAUAUGAAAUAACUAUUUUAAUCUGGAAGGUAAACCAAAAAAUCUUUCACAUUCCGAGCAUAGCAAAUCAAAUUCAUGGAUGGACACCGAAAGCGUGCCAGCUUCUUGUUCUUUCUCGAGGCAAAAGUUCAAUUGAUCCAAAGGGGGGCAACUGGUGGUUGCAAGUAGGAAACCAUAUUUUGGGUUAUUGGCCAUCAACCAUUUUCUCGUACUUGCAAAUUAGUGCAUCCUAUGUCAUGUGGGGCGGAGAGGUGUACUCGCCUUACGCCGGCCAAACUUCGACAGACAUGGGCAGUGGGCACUUCCCUGGGGAAGGGUACAGCAAGGCCAGCUACAUCAGGAACAUACAAGUGGUCGAUUCGUUCAACAAACUCAAUUCACCAAAUGUUGUGGGAUUGGGGAAUAAGCAGCCCAACUGCUACAACGUGCAGAGCGGCACCAAUAGCAUCAACUGGGGCACUUACAUAUUCUACGGAGGACCAGGGAAGAACCCUAGCUGCCCAUAGUAGAAACCUAGCGGCACCAUAUCUCCUUGUCACAUGACGAAUAACCCUUUAGCAAUGCAUUACGCAUUACUAGAGGCCCAGCAAGUAUUGUUAGUGUCUAUACUAGCGCUUGUAAAUGUGUUGCAACAUGUGGCGCUGCAAGGAUAAAUUGCUACAUAUGUAUGUAUCUACAUAUGCAUUGGGUAAGAUGUGUGAACAAGUAUACGAAGUUUGAAAGAAAUAUGUUAAAUUAAAGUUUGCAACAA